AUGACAUCAGUAGCAGUACUAGGGGGAGGAAUAACAGGACUGUCUGCUGCCUACUAUCUCACCAGUUUGCAGCUAAUAAAUGUUUGUCUUCCCCAGGUUGUUUUGCUCGAAAGCAGUUCGCGGCUGGGCGGAUGGCUCCAGUCCACCAGGACCGAGGAAGGAGCGAUAUUUGAGCACGGACCGCGCAGUCUCAGGGUGGCAGGGGAGGCCGGGGCCAACGUCUUGGAGAUGGCAGAUGACCUUGGGUUGUCGGACCAGAUCCUGCCGGUCCUGCCGAGUCAUGAGGGGGCGAAGAAUCGGUUCAUCUACGCCGGCGGGAAACUGCACAAACUGCCCAGCAACUUCAGUGGCCUGUUCAGCAGAUAUGAGUUGUUUGGCCACCAGUCUCCUGCCCUGCUGGGUCUGAGAGAACCGUUUGUGAAGAGCAGACAGGAGGAGGGAGAUGAGAGUGUGCACAGCUUCUUCUGCAGGAGGCUCGGGAAACAGUUUACAGAUAACGCCAUAGACCCGAUGGUCCGAGGUAUCUAUGCUGGCGACUGUCGGAAGCUGAGCAUCCAGGCGCUGUUUCCCAGCAUGCAACAGGCCGAGCGGAUGAAAGGGUCCAUCACGAGAGGGCUGCUGUUUGGUCCUAAGCAAAAAGGAACACCUCUCAAGAUAAACUCUGAGCUCCUUCAGAAAGCUCAGAAGGAACGUUGGGCGCUGUGGUCUCUGAGGGAAGGUCUCGAGACGCUGGCCAGGUCCUUAAAGGAAAACCUGGAGAAGAGCGGGGUGGAACUUCUUACAGAGAGGAGGGUGGAGAGACUGGAGUUUGAUACAACCGACCAGGUGAACACACUAGAUGAACAGCUACAUGUGAACCAUGUUAUUUCUGCAGUACCCAGUCAGUGUUUGUCUGCGAUGUUUGCAGGACAUCACCCGGUCCUGUCAGACAACCUGAGUGUGAAUCCUUCUGUCACGGUCGGUCUGGUCAACCUGGAGUUUGCAGGGGCUGUGCUGCCUUCUGAGGGGUUUGGUUACCUGGUGCCAUCAGGAGAGCCAGAGAGGAUUCUGGGAGUGGUAUUUGACUCCUCAAUCUUCCCCCAACACAGCCGGCCCAACAGCACCACCACACGGCUCACGGUGAUGAUGGGAGGGUCCUGGUUCCAGGAGCAGUUCGGUGACCCUGACGAGGUCGAGACCUCUGACCUCCUGGAGGUUGCCAUAGAAACCGUCAGACGACAUCUCAGCAUCACGGCCAGCCCCCUCAGGUCAUUCACUACUGUACAGAAGGAUUGUAUACCACAGUACACACUGGGACAUACAGACAGACUGGAACAAAUGGAGUCGUACAUCGCGGAGAAGAGACUUCCGCUGAGUCUGGUGGGGCUGUCCUACCGAGGGUGGGGGGUUAACGACUGUGUGCUGAGUGCAAGGAAAGCUGUUACAGAUCUGUUAAAGGCCUGGGAAGGAAGAGACUGAAGACUGUGUCACACAAUCAUAUCAGCACACACCUGUCUUUGGUGCUAAACACCAUCUACACACAAAUAUACCUGUCCUUGGUGCUGAACACUACACCUCACACACGCACACACUCUCACCCUCACACACAAAUACACCUACCCUUGGUGCUGAACAGCAAAGCCGUUACAGACCUGUUAAAAAGAUUUUGGAAGGCAGAGACUGUCACACAUUCAGAACAUUUCUAGACAUCUUUUUUUAUAUCGUACAUUCAUACAAACACACACCAUUCUCUGGUGCUGAACAACAUUCAUACAAAACCUCACCUGUCCUUGAUACUUAACAACAUUGCUAAGAGUGUACUAUUUCAAGGUUUCCCAUUCACACACGUACACCUGCCCUGUCCUUGGUGCUGAACACCAUCCACACACAACAUGACACCCAACAAACAUUAACAGCUACUAACAGUGAUAACUGUAUUAGAAGCUUUCUGAUGAGUGUACAUCAUUUAUGUGUAUUCCAAGUGAUAAUUUUUUUUUAAUUAGUGGUCACCACGUAACACAGCCGUUAGGCCACUUCAAGGUGAACGGUACGGUACUACCACUUGAAUGGUAUGUUCCGCUAACCUGGGUUACCGGUUACCGAGUAGAACUGUAACAGCAACUCUUCUCCCUGAGUCAGAAACAUCACAGAAACUUACAAGUCAGAGACUUCUCAGAUAUUUUCUUUAGGGCCAAAUCAUGUAUCAGUGAUUGAGAUGUUGAAUUUGAGAUGUUGAACUGCAGAAUUUGAAAGUGAUCAUUUAUAUAGUCCUCUUUUCUAGUCGUUGGAGAGAGAGAGAUUAGUUUGUAUAUGUAGAAAUAUGUUAAGUUUAGGAUCAGAUUUCUAGCUGGAGAGACAAAAGCAAGCUGUCGAAUUUGCUUGAAGACUCACAAACAAAGGUGCAAUGUAAGAAUUGUUGUUCUUUGUUAUCAUCACGAGUAUGUAUGAUAGCUCAAUGCUGACUGAAUGGUUCAGAUAUGUCAGCUUAUCAAUACAGUUGAACGUGCAAACUACAGUUGGUAUAAAGACUUGAAUUCUCCUCCCAAUACACAAAUUACAGUCGAUUGUGCUGUUUUUUACCAGCUGCAUAGAUCAAUCAAUCAAUCAAAUGGUUUAUUUGUGAAAACAAAACAAGACCUUGUAGCCAUAGGCUAAAUUGUGUCUUUCUGUACAAUUUGAUUUGACAUAUAUUGACACAUUAAAAUUGCUAAGUUAUUCAAUAAUAAGAAGAUGUCAUUAUACAUAAGUAGAUAACAAAAGGGUUACAAACAACACAAAUCACAUACAGGCAUGAUCAUCAUUUAUAUGUAACAUAAUAUGUAUUACAAGUGACAAUUACAGGGCAGAGACAUUGUCUUCUCAGAUACAUCUUUAGUACAUAUAACUGACUGCCAUAUCAGUACUGAUUUUCGAACUGCCUGUUGCAUAGAGAGCUUUCUACAUCAUUCAGAAGAUACUACAAGAAGACCUGAACGCCCAAUAAAAAGUGUAGAGAUAUAAAUAUAGUUCAGGUAUCCCAAUCACAA